AGGUGGGGUGGCCUUUGAUGUGAUAAGAUAAGGCGCCUUCGGAGGUGGCGGCUGCUUGCUCACCUUGCUCCCCUCUCCCCAGGCCCGGCCUUUUGGAAUCAGCCCAAACCAGGCAGGUCUGCAAAAAUGGACAGCACGUUGAGGAUAUUCGACGUUCAAGAGAGAGAUACCAGCGAAAUUCCACCGCCGAGCUUUCCCACCGCCCCAGCGCCAUCCGCCACCGGGUUCCCCGCGCCCAAAAAGCGAGUCUCGGCCUUCAAGCAGCAGCAGCAGCGACAAGGGAAAUCGUCGACCGACGGGAAUCCGAAACCGCCGCCGGGCAGAGAUGGCACGCCGUUUCGGAAAAAUGCAGAACUUGACGAGCGACGGGGAAUCGAUGAGGAAAACAAGGCCGUGUUGGAUUCCAUGUCGCCCGAUCAGAUAGCCGAGGCGCAGAAGGAGCUCUACAACAGCUUGGACCCCAAGUUCAUCCAGAUGCUGCUGAAACGCGCGAAUCUCGACGAGCAAGCUGGUCCAUCACCUUUCGAUAACGAGGCCUCUAGCAAGACCUCGAGCCGCGCGAACGACUCAGCCCCCGCGGUCUCACGACACGCCACCGUGGAGGACGCGCCUGAGGGAGCGUCCGAGGCGACCCAGGCGUCCGAGGCGACCCAGGCGUCCGAGGCGACCCAGGCGUCCGAAGCUAGGCGCGACGAUAAAAAGCCCAAAAAGACAGUUACCUUUGACGAAGACGCUCCUCCGCCGGUACCCCCACCUGGCCUCUUCCCUGUGAAGAGCUUGUCUCGGCCCAAAGCCGACGCUUCCAAAUCUCAACCCGACAGCACCACGCUCCAGGAUGGCCCUCGGAACACGCACUUCCCCCACCCGCCCACCGUCCCCGACCUCGAUCCCGCGGACCCCGAUUUUCUCGAAACCAUGCACAAAAAAUUCUUCCCCAGCCUCCCCCGCGACCCGUCCAAGCUGGCCUGGAUGGCACCCAUCCCGACCCCGGACUCGGACGCCGACCGCGAAUCGCCCUACUAUCCGGGCCAGGACUCGCUCCCCGUCUCGGCCCUCCGCUUCGACUUCCGCGGCCAGCUCCUACCGCCCCGCGUCAGCCGCGCCAUACCCGUCACCAAGGGCCUGCACCACCACGCCGAGGCCCCCGAGGCGGCCGGUUACACCAUCCCCGAGCUCGCGCGGCUGGCGCGGUCGGCGGUGCCCGCGCAGAGGUGCUUGGCCUAUCAGACCCUUGGGAGGAUGCUGUACCGUCUCGGGCGGGGCGACUGGGGUGUGGGGAUUGAAGGCAGAGAUGGCGAGGAGGACGAUCUGGCGUUCGCCCUGUGGAGGUGCUUCCGCGAGGGGCGGGUGCUGGAGAGCCUCGAGGAGGAAGCGGGGCAGCCCGAAGGGAAGGGGCAUCUGAGCAGUAAGGCGUAUGCAACGGAGGCCUUGUGGUUAUUCGAGAAGGGCGGGUGGCGGGAGCGGUUGAGGGGGCGGUGAACAGCGCUCCGGAGUGGGGUUGGGAGCUGAGCACCGAGGCAGCGUUUCCGAGAAGAAUAUUCGGAGUUUUAGCCACUCUGCGAGCAAGCAGGAAGGGUUAUUUUAAAGUUGUUAAGCCAAACUUACGCCGU